UUCCAAUUUGUGAACCAUGGAAUUCCGGAAGUGAUAAUACUGUACAUUGGACCACUAUGCAGAGAACGCUCAUAUCGCGUUUAAAGGCUCCUCUGCAAAGAACUGUUUUAUUACAAAUGGCAUCAACAAGUUCUAUUAAAGGGAAACUUAGCGGAAAAGUUGCCAUUGUGACAGCAUCAACCGAUGGCAUAGGGUUAGCUAUUGCUCGAAGGCUGGGACAGGAUGGUGCUAGAGUGAUAGUCAGUAGUCGCAAGAAAGAAAAUGUGGAGAAAACAGUUAAAGACUUGCAAGCUGAAAAUCUGAAUGUUGAGGGAGUGGUGUGUCAUGUUGGUAAGGCAGAGGACAGAGCUUCACUGAUCAAACAGACACUGACCAAAUUCGGUGGCAUAGACUUACUGGUUUCAAAUGCAGCUGCCAAUCCAACAUUUGGGCCAAUGCUUGAUACAUCAGAAUCAGCCUGGGAUAAAAUAUUUGAAACAAACGUAAAGGCUGCAUUCUUUCUGUGCAAGGAAGUAGUGCCAUACAUGGAGGCUCGAGGUGGUGGUUCAAUUGUGCUGGUAUCUUCAUUUGCUGGAUACACACCCAUGGAGUUCCUGGGGCCUUAUUCUGUAAGCAAGACAGCGCUGAUUGGUCUUACAAAGGCCUUGGUGCCCCAGCUGUCUACAAUGAACAUACGUGUGAACUGUGUGGCGCCAGGGGUCAUCCAGACCAAGUUUAGCGAACAGUUGUGGAAGAAUCCUGCUGUUAAAGACAUGGUGAUGCAAAUGAUUCCUAUGAAAAGGAUAGGUGAUCCCAGCGAGGUGUCAGGGCUUGUCUCGUUCCUGUGUUCUGAUGACGCCAGCUAUAUCACCGGGGAAACCACGCUAGUUACCGGGGGAAUCCCGGGGCGCCUGUAGUGGGCACUUAUGACGUCAUAAAGACGGGCAUUCACGCUAUGAUGUCACAAUAAUUACAACUGUUUGCGUGUUCACAUAAACGCUGCAUUCUGAUUGGAUAAUCCGCUCUAGUGACACGUGUUUCAUUUACCUAUAAAUCAAAUACGUAUGCAAGUUAAUUCAUAAAUAUUCAUUACGGUACUACUUUUUUAUAAAUACGUGGUCAGUUAUCGGCAUUGUAGUCCGCGAAUCUUGUCGAUCACUAUUCAUUCAUAAACGGUGGAAUGCUUCCAUUGUGUGGCGCGGAAGGUAUCGUUCUGCUGUUAGACGCACAUAAAAUCGAAAAAAACGAAAUUCGUACGGCUUCCGAUGUAACCCCUGUAUUUUAAACAAUUGCAGCGUUUACACACAUAACG